AUGGCUUUCAUCUUCAGAACGGCCAUGCAAUCUGCAGGGCUUUCGCUCUCCCUGCUAGGAUGGGUCCUGGCCAUUAUUACAACGUAUCUGCCCCACUGGAAGAACCUCAACCUGGACCUGAACGAGAUGGAAAACUGGACCAUGGGGCUCUGGAAAGCCUGCGUCAUCCAGGAGGAAGCGGGGAGGCAAUGCAAGGGCUUUGACUCCUUCCUGGCCUUGCCAGCUGAACUCCAGAUCUCCAGGAUCCUGAUGUCUCUGUCGAAUGGGCUGGGGCUGCUGGGGCUGCUGGGCUCUGGCUGUGGCCUGGACUGCUGGAGGCUCGGAGAGAGCCAGAAGGGUCUGAAGAGGCAGAUGCUCAUCUUGGGAGGGCUCCUGCUCUGGACUUCGGGCGUGAUGGUCCUGGUUCCUGUCUCCUGGGUGGCCCACGUGACGGUUCAGGAGUUCUGGGAUGAGACCCUGCCUGAGAUUGUGCCCAGGUGGGAGUUUGGGGAGGCCCUUUUCCUUGGCUGGUUUGCUGGCUUCUGCCUGGUGCUGGGAGGAUGCCUGCUCCACUGUGCAGCCUGCUGGAGCCCGGCUGCCCCCGCCUCGGGCCACUAUGCAGUGGCAGGAUUGCAAGACCACGGUUCGUGUCUGGAAAACGGAACUGCACAGCCUCAAGUGUAA